GUCUGCAGCCUAGGUACAACCAGAAAGGCCGUGAGGCGUGCUGAGGCAGCCGGGAGAAUCCGGUCAGGAUUUAACGUCGCUGCGCAGACGCCUUUCCCGGGCCGGAAGUGACGUAGGAAGAGGUCCGGCUUUGGUCUCCGCCACUGCCGCGGCUGCAACACCCACCGGUGCCGCUGCUGCCGUCGCCGCCGCCGCCGCGGCUUGUACUUCUAAAAUGGCGCCACUAGACUUGGACAAGUAUGUGGAGAUAGCGCGGCUAUGCAAGUACCUGCCAGAGAACGACCUAAAGCGGUUAUGUGACUAUGUUUGUGAUCUCCUCUUGGAAGAGUCAAAUGUUCAGCCAGUGUCAACACCAGUAACAGUGUGUGGAGACAUACAUGGACAGUUUUAUGACCUUUGUGAACUAUUCAGAACUGGAGGUCAGGUUCCUGACACAAACUACAUAUUUAUGGGUGACUUUGUAGACAGAGGUUACUAUAGUUUGGAGACCUUCACUUACCUUCUUGCACUAAAGGCUAAAUGGCCUGAUCGUAUUACACUCUUGAGAGGAAAUCAUGAGAGUAGACAGAUAACACAGGUGUAUGGAUUUUAUGAUGAGUGCCAAACCAAAUAUGGAAAUGCUAAUGCCUGGAGAUAUUGUACCAAAGUUUUUGACAUGCUCACAGUAGCAGCUUUAAUAGAUGAGCAGAUUUUGUGUGUUCAUGGUGGUUUAUCUCCUGAUAUCAAAACACUGGAUCAGAUUCGAACUAUUGAACGGAAUCAGGAAAUUCCUCAUAAAGGAGCAUUUUGUGACCUGGUUUGGUCAGAUCCUGAAGAUGUGGAUACUUGGGCAAUCAGUCCCCGAGGAGCAGGUUGGCUUUUUGGAGCAAAGGUCACAAAUGAGUUUGUUCAUAUCAACAACUUGAAACUCAUCUGCAGAGCACACCAACUAGUGCACGAAGGCUAUAAAUUUAUGUUUGAUGAGAAGCUGGUAACAGUGUGGUCUGCUCCUAACUACUGCUAUCGUUGUGGAAAUAUUGCCUCGAUCAUGGUCUUCAAAGAUGUAAAUACAAGAGAACCAAAGUUAUUCCGGGCAGUUCCAGAUUCAGAACGUGUUAUUCCUCCCAGAACGACAACGCCGUAUUUUCUUUGAGACCUCCGUCCAUCCUGCUGACCCAUUUUCCUGCCCUCUUCUUACCCCAACUUUUGUGUAUUGCCCUCUACAAUAUACUUUUUAUUGAGCACUUUGCUGCUGAAAUGCUGCCUCUUGCCUUUUUUAUUUUAAAUUAUCUAAAUUUAUUGUUUGUUAUGGUGUCUAUAGCAAUGUUUUUCUAUCAGUUUUCUCCCCCAUCCCUUCCCCAACUUGGACUCAUCUGAGAAGACUUGAGAAAUGUCUUAAUACUCACACUGCUGCAUGUAGCUCUUGCUUAUUUACUGGUCUGGGGGAAACAGGAUGCAUUUGCUUUUUUAAAAAGCCGAUUAGAACAGACUACACUGAAAUACUCUCCUUUUGUCAUUCAGCCUUUUGUUUUAGUGUGUUAAGUUUUAAGAAAUUUCAGCAGCAAAGUUGUUAUUCAGUGGGAACGAUGGACUGCAACUGCCUCACAUUAUGUAUACCUGUCCCAGCUGUAAACUUCAUUGUCCUUUGUUGGAUAUUUUAAAUGGAUAUAAAAUAAAUUGGUCUAAAGGGCUGCCCUCCUUGUUGUGUUUUUAAAUUUUAGUUAAAAACUGCUAUAGCUUAUGACUUUGUACAUUAAGAUAAUUGUAUUGAUCUUUUUUCAGAUUUCUUGUAUUUUUUAAUAAAGUAAUCUUAAAUAAAACCCAGAUAGGAUGAGUAUUAGAAAUUUUAAACAGUUUGCAUUGUUAGCUUAAAAUAGUUCUCUUUUUCUUUUUUCGUAAUCAGAGUUCUUGGCCUUUUGGUUAUUGAGUUUAAAACUUCAAUUGAAAUUCAAUAGUAUUUAUUUAAAAAAAAAAUUACUGAACUGUGCCUAAAGAACAUAACUGCCAUAUUAAUGCUUUUGGUUUAUAUCCUCUGUAGUAAUAGAAAAACAUUUAAUACUUGUAAUGCUGAUGUGUCCAUUUGAUACCAGUUGAGUAGAAUGUGAUCAAUCCAGUUUAUAAUCUAUCAUUAUCAUUAAGUAGAAUCUAUGUAUUUUUCAAUAGGAAUAAUUUCUUCUCUUGUUGUAACACUUGACUUUUAACUUUUAGAAAGUGUUCAUUUUUUUUACUGCAAAUGGAAAAGUUGAAAAGUCAGGCCUCUUGUAUUUGUGAACUGUAAUCCGAAGCAGAUUUUGAAAAGUGUAGAAAGACACAAAUUGUCCUUUUUGUAAAGGUCUGUGAUACCGUGUUUCAGCUUUGUGUAAUUUGAAUAUCCAAAGGGUUGCGAUGAUCAGUUCUUGAUAUGCAACUGUCCGCUUAAUAAGGACAGGUAUUCCAGUAUCUCUUAUGAUUGGGGCCAUAAGUGAUACUGGAAUUCACUAUUUUUUGAAAUGGUAUCCCUUUACUAUAAUUCGUUUUUAUCAUUCCAAGAAAUCUUUGUGAAACCAGCCAAUUAAUAAAGCACUUUAGUAUCUGUUCAGGUAGUUUUGAAGACCAACUUUUCCCCUUCAGGAUAAUAACUUCCAGGUUACCUAAAAAUGCAAUAAAAAUCCUUAUAGUCUAAGCUUCUAGGCACAUAGUUUUUCAUCAGGGUUUUCUUUUAUUAAAUGAGCACAAUACUGUUUUGAUUUGAUUAUUAUCUCUACUACCUAGCUCCUUAUAUAGUUUUUAAUUUUUUAGCUAUAUGAAAGAAGUGGCAAGACACUUUUUACAAACACUUUUAUUAAUAUUGGGUCAGUAGUUACUGCCCUGACCCCAGUGUAAUUCAACGGGAAAGGCAUUUUUAUUUUACAGGAAUCUGUAAGUUGUGUAUUUUACUAAUUGUGAAACACUGGAAAUUAAUGAUGUAGGCAACUUGGUGUGAUCUUUGAACAGCUCUCUAGUGUUUUUUUCCCAUUACCAUAAAUUGUAUUUAAGUGCUUGCUCUCUACUGCUUUUAAGUUGUACUGUUAAAACUGGUAACCCUCAUCCCUCCCUUUCCAUUUGACAUUCCUUAGCUUAGACUGAUGUAGUUGUUUUAGUUAUCCCUGUAAUGUGACUUUUAUUUUUAAGUUAUGGUGUACUAUAUUUAUUUGUUACUAGUUGGGCAUGUGCCAAUAGUCUGUCCAUUUCUUAACUGCCAUAUCUAUUUUGCGUGAUUUCUCUUAAGUGAGUAAUGGCUUUUUGCAUGGGGGAAAAAUAGUUUUUACUAUUAGAGGUGCAAAGGAAGGAGAGAGUGAAUGUAUUAGAUUUUGUAAGCCUAAAAGGAAAAUUUGAAUCCUUCUAAUAAAUAAGGGCUAUGUAUUAAAUACCAUAAUCAUGUGGUGAAAGGUAUUUGAAAGUCAUAGGUUUGUAGGCAGGAGGAUCUGUUACUCUCUGCAUCUAGGCUGAAUGUAAAAUCCCUUAUGUUGUUAAUGGGGGUAAUUAUUUUUAUUUGCCUAUGAUAUACUUGGUUUCUAAUAAAGUAUCCUAGGCUCCAGUGA